UUUUGCCAAACGAAACUUUCUCUCUACAGUUCUUCAUGCAGGUACACCCAAUGGAAACAGGAAACCAAACGAAACUUUCUCUCUACAUUCUUCAUGCAGGUACACCCAAUGGAAACAGGAAACCAAACCGGCAUCUCCGAGUUUCUCCUCCUGGGCUUCUCAAGUUGGCCAGGGAAGCAAGGGCUCCUCUUUGCACUCUUCCUGUGUCUCUAUUUAACAGGACUAUUUGGAAACCUACUCAUCCUGCUCGCCAUUGCCUCAAACAAUCAUCUACACACACCCAUGUAUUUCUUCCUUGCCAAUUUGUCCUUGGUAGACCUCUGCCUUCCUUCAGCUACAGUGCCCAAGAUGCUACUGAACAUCCAAACCAAGUCUCAGUCCAUCUCCUACCCUGGAUGCCUGGCUCAGAUGUAUUUCUGUAUGAUGUUUGCCAACAUGGACAAUUUCCUUCUCACUGUGAUGGCAUAUGACCGUUAUGUGGCCAUCUGCCAUCCUUUGCACUAUUCCACCAUGAUGACCCCACGUGUCUGCACCUCUCUGGUGGCUUUCUCUUGGGUCAUUGCCACUUUGAAUCCUCUCUUACAUACCCUCAUGAUGGCCCGACUGCAUUUCUGCUCUGAAAACAUCAUCAACCAUUUCUUCUGUGACAUCAACUCUCUCCUCCCUCUCUCCUGUUCUGACACCAGUCUCAACCAACUGAUGGUUCUGCUUGUGGUGGGACUGAUCUUUGUGGUGCCGUCAGUGUGUAUCUUAGCAUCCUAUGGUCGCAUUGUCUCUGCUGUGAUGAAAAUAACUUCUAUUCAAGGAAAACUCAAGGCAUUCUCAACCUGUGGCUCUCACCUUGCCUUGGUUAUUCUUUUCUAUGGCGCCAUCGCAGGAAUCUAUAUGAGCCCUUCAUCCAACCACUCGACUGAAAAAGACUCGGCUGCAUCAGUCAUCUUCAUGGUUGUAGCCCCUGUGUUGAAUCCCUUCAUUUACAGCUUAAGGAACAAUGAGCUGAAGGGGACUUUUAAAAAGACUCUUGGCCAAAGCAGGAUGCUUUCCUGUCCCCAGCAGCAGCUUAGCCAUCCUCUUGGAGCUGCUGACAGCCGGGAGGCGGGGUACUUGGUCCCUUUGCAAGCCGACCAUAGAGCUGUCAGACCUCCGGGCUUCCUAGAGAGCUUCCGGAAGUGGCUGUGGGGCAAGAUGCGUGCUGGCCGGUUCUGCGGCUCCGAGGGUUUGGAAGUUAGCGGCUGGAGGGGUCCCGCCCGGGUUCGGUGUCCGUCGCGUCUCCUCGCGCGCUUCCCGGUCCGCGCUGGGCCGCCUCCCGCCCUCGGGCAGCGUGCGGAGCUCUCGGUGAGUGCGCUCGGCCGGGCAGGGGCGCGCGGGCUGCGGAGCCCCGAGCGCGGGGAGCGGGUCGGCAGAGGGCCUGCGCCGGCCAAGCAGGCCGACACCCGGCCCCAACUUCCUGCGGGGUCCCGCUUUCCAUCACCGGCAGCCCUGUGUUGUCAAGACUUUAACAUUUUAGAUCCAGAAGAAGCUUAG